CUGCCCGGAACCUCGAGUGCGUUUGUUUCCAGUCGGACGGAUUAUUUCCACUGUUUGAUCAUGGCGGCUCUAAGGACGGCAUUAUGUGGACGUCUUCUUCACCCUCUCCCCCUGGGUUUGGGAUCGGUGCGCUUCGCCAGCUCUUCUUUCAAGGCGUCGGAUCUGGUGAUUGAGAAGAGUCGGGUGCAGCAGCCCAAACCCGAAGUCGCCGGCCUGGGUUUUGGGAAGUAUUUCUCCGAUCACAUGCUGACCGUCUCGUGGACGGAAAAAGGAGGAUGGGAGGCUCCUCAGAUCAAACCCUUUCAGAAUCUGUCCCUUCACCCGGCGUCCUCGGCUCUGCACUAUUCUGUUGAGCUCUUCGAGGGAAUGAAGGCGUUCAGAGGGGUUGAUGGUCACAUCCGCCUGUUCAGGCCCAUGCUCAACAUGGAGCGCAUGUACCGCAGCGCUGACCGCUGCUGCCUGCCCUUAUUUGAUAAGUCGGAGUUGCUGAAGUGCAUUAAUAAGCUGGUUGAACUGGACCAGGACUGGGUUCCCCGCUCUUUAGAUGCCAGCCUCUACAUUAGACCCACCUUCAUCGGGGUCGAGCCGUCUCUGGGCGUGUCCCGGGCGCUCCACGCCCUCCUGUUUGUCAUCAUCGGGCCCGUGGGGCCGUACUUCGCCACCGGGGCUUUCAAUCCCAUCUCUCUGCUGGCAGACCCCCGAUUCGUCCGGGCGUGCAGGGGCGGCGUGGGAGCUUACAAGAUGGGCAGUAACUACGGACCUACGAUCGCCAUCCAGAGCGAGGCUGUGAAGCAGGGAUGUCAGCAGGUGCUGUGGCUCUACGGCGACAAGGAGGAGAUCACCGAGGUCGGCACCAUGAACCUCUUCAUCUACUGGACCACCGAGAACGGAGAGCGAGAGCUGGUCACCCCUCCACUAGAUGGCAUCAUCCUCCCGGGUGUCACCAGACAGUCUCUGCUCGACCUGGCUAGAGAAUGGGGUGAGUUUAAGGUCACUGAGAGGAAGGUGGUGAUGAAGGAGCUCAUGGACGCUCUGAAAGCGGGGCGGGUGAAGGAGGUUUUCGGAGCCGGUACCGCCUGUGUGGUGUGUCCUGUCGGCAGCCUGCGCUACAAAGGAGAGCUGUAUGAAAUCCCCACCAUGCAGAACGGUCCUGACCUGGCCUUGAGGUUCUACAAGGAGCUGACCGACAUUCAGUACGGGCGCAUGAAGAGGGACUGGGCGCCUGUCGUCGUCUGAAUGGACCAGCCGUGAGUGCCGGGGUAGAUCUGUGGAUCGGUCUCUGCGCUUCACGUUGUAGUUGUGUGUGUGUGGGUGUGUGUGUAGGGAUUUUAAAAUCUUUGAUCUAAAGCUAAAUCACGCUGGUGAAUCUUCGUUGAAGCGACUGCUAGGAAGACGAGAUCUGUAGCACACUUGUAUGUUUUGUUUAUCUGUCUUUUACGGUUCAGCGUGUAGCAAUAGUGUUGUGGGGGGGCUUUAGCGAUGUAAUGAGAGGUGCAAUAAGGCUACGUUCACGUUACUGAUGCAGCUAACGAUUUUAAAAAGCUUUCCUCGGCUCUUCCAUGACGUAUUGACGACGGAUUAACGGUUAUUACGUGUGUAGUCGCGUUAAACUAGUGCAUUGAGACGAAUAGCGUGUACAAAAUGAGGUGUGAUUUGAAUGUUUUUGAAGUUUUGUAGAAAAUGUCGCACAAUUUUAGCGUUUAUGUGGAACUUGUACAGCCAGCACAACAAAUACCGCACCAAAUACACGGCAGGCAACAACUCAAACACACAAAACCACACACAGCGCUGGCGGCGAGGUCAAGAAUGUUUUAUAUUGAGCUGCUAUUAUGAAUCUGAUCCAACAAUCCACUACUUAUACGGCGUAUUUUUUUAUCACAAGCCUACAGUCUCGCCUCAAUCGCCGCCAAAUGCUAGAUUACUAUAUUACUGUCCAAAUUGAAACCCUUUAUCAAGAUGCCGUCUACGAUUUGCACAAGAUGAGAUCUGAUAUUGCUGAAUCUGGACGUGCUGAAUAUCGGCUGGAAGUAACGACAGGAGCGUCUCUGUUAUUAACGUUAGGCUAGAUAAACAUGCGAUGCUUCUAACACGGCUGGAUUGAGUAAAAUAUUUCUACCUGGAUUUAAUAGUACAGGUUAACACGUCACCUUAUAGUGCACCUUAUGGUGCUUAUAGAGUCUUUAUUAUCAUCCAUGUUACCGAAUUACAUUACACCGGUCAUCUCCGAGUUACUGUCGAGUGUGUGUGUGUGUGUGAGCAAUCUGAUUUUAACUUUGUUUAUCGUCCCUUUUAUCGUUUCCUACAUCACACACGUAACCGUAUUGCCAUGGUUCAUUAAUCCGUCCCUCUCCGGUGCAUUCUAUCUUUUAAGUGCCUGAUUUUCUCUCCGUUCGCUCCUCGUGUGCUUUGGAAUCAGACUCUGUAUUUGAAACGCUUCAUGAACUAUGAAUGUUUCAGACGCUGCUUUUACUUUUCAUUCUGAUGAUUGUUGUUUCUACAAUAAAUC